ACAUCACUUCCUCCCGUUACAGUGUUGUGUAUUUUCCCCUGCCCGGUGUGCAGCGCUCUCACUGUAAGGACAUGACGGUCCCUGCUGCUCUCGCUGGCCUCCUCCUGUUGCUGCUCGGCCUGAGCCUAGUGUGUGGCCGCUCCGAACUGGGCCGCGGAUUUGGGGAUCAUAUCCACUGGAGAACCAUGGAGGAUGGAUUGCAGGAGGCAGCUGCUAGCGGACUUCCUCUUAUGCUCAUUAUCCACAAGACCUGGUGCGGAGCCUGCAAAUCAUUAAAACCAAAAUUUGCUGAGUCUAAGGAGAUCUCUGAGUUAUCUCAUAAUUUUGUGAUGGUCAACGUGGAGGAUGAAGAAGAGCCCAAAGAAAAAGAUUACAGCCCUGAUGGGGGAUACAUUCCUAGAAUUCUUUUCUUGGAUCCCAGUGGUAAAGUCCACGCAGAGAUAAUUAAUUCCCAGGGAAACCCAAGUUACAAGUAUUUCUACAACACUGCAGAUCAAGUUGUUGCUGCUAUGAAGGAAGCCCAAGAGAAGCUGACGGGAGACUCCUUCCGUAAAGCAACAGAUGAAUUGUAACAUCCAACAUCCUCCAGACAUCAGCUGUGAACAGACCCCAGUAAUCUGCUGCGUGGGGCAUCUGCCAUGGGUGUAGCUGAAUUUUUACAGCGACUGCAGGGCUAGUAAUGGGGGGGGAGCUGAAAACAGGGAUAGAAAGGCAGCUAACGGCUCUCGGUCAUACCUACACCUAUGUCUGUGGUUAUUUUCCACAUCUGCCUCCUCAUACUUGUUCUACAUAAUUUCUUCAGGGCUUAAAUGGGCUCCAUAUUCAUAAAAAUGAAACCCUUAUCCUAGUAUGUUGUCUCACAUUUUUAAAAUCAUCAUGGAUACAUUUUCUCUGUCUCAUGGUUGCUCACCUUCCCUAGAAACCGCCAGCAUGUGCUCUUCCUGCCCAUAUGACGUAGCGCCUGCUCUUUACUACACAUGCACCUAGUCUUUAGACUUGAAGCGAGGUGCUUAAAUUUGAAUUACUACCCUGCAAAACUACAGAUAAAUUCUGAUGUUCUGCAAGGGGUGUGGAAGACAUUCGUGGCAGUAUGACUGAAAAUGGCCCAUACCAUUGGUGGCAGUGUGUAAAAAAACAAACCGGUUGUUUAUUAAAGGGACAGUCUACACCAGAAUUUGUAUUGUUUUAAAAGAUAGAUAAUCCCUUUAUUAUCCAUUCCCUAGUUUUGCAUACCCAACAGUUAUAUUAAUACACUUUUUACCUUUGGGAUUAUCUUGUAUCUAAGCCUCUGCAAACUGCCCCCUUAUUUCAGUUCUUUUGAAAGACUUGCAUUUUAGCCAAACAGAUCUGGCUCCUAGGUAACUCCACGUGCGUGAGCACAGUGUUAUCUAUAUGACACACAUGAACUAACACCCUUUAGUGGUGAAAAAUUGUCAAAAUGCAUUCAGAAAAGAGGCGGCCUUCAAGGUCUAAGAAAUUAGCAUAUGAACCUCCUAGGUUUAGCUAUCAACUAAGAAUACCAAAGGUACAAAGCAAAAUUGGUGAUAAAAGUAAAUUGUUUAAAAUUACAUGCCCUAUCUGAAUCAUGAAAGUUUAUUUUGGACUAGACUGUCCCUUUAAGCCUUACUUUUUAAUUUAGUUUCUCAUAUGCGCUGCCACCAAUGUCUUCUAUAUCCUACAGCAAAUCCACUAAAAAUAAAGCCUGAUGUGACACAAGUCAUAUAGAAGACAUUUAUGGCAGUGCGUGUGGAAACCCCCCCACAAAUAUUGCAAAUAGUAUGGUGGUACCACAGUAGAUUCAUCCCCAAUGUUUUUAGGUAAACCAGAAUUGUUUAUAGUCCCUUUUAAAUAAAGCUGGUCUUGUAGCGGUCAAGGUGUGGGAGGAGCCCUCUGGGUUUAAUACAGUUCAUUGCGCAAAGUCUCAAUGUUACAAACAAGUUGAACAGAGUUGAUGACAUCAGGUUUGCGCUUGUUCUCUCGGCUUCUUUUUACGGCCAUAAAAUGUAAUUACACCCAGGAGAAAUUAUGGUAAGAAUGUGUGAGGACCUUAUUUAAAUGAAGGAGGGGAAACGCAUGAUUGUGUCCCUGCUACUACACAGGUACUCGUCCCCCUGUCCUCCACUUCUAUGUGAUUUUACCACUCGAGGACAUGUUGCAUUAUACACUUGCUGGAUUUUAUGUAAUAAAUAUUCCCUGUCUUACCAGCAAGGCUAUGUGAUAACUGGUCCUCACUAUUAACCGAAAACACUGAAAUAUGAAGUUAUUAAUAUUGUUUUCUUAGUACUCUUGCGCUUGUCAGGUGACUGCAGGGUUAAUUAGCGCUCUAUCAGCCUGACAUACGCCUAGCGCGCAGUAUCAUUACUGUAAGGUGCAGGGACAGUUUACUUUCAGAGAUUUUUAUAACUUCACUUUUAAAAUAAAAUCUUUGCUAUAUAUUUAUAAAGUUAGGUGCACUUCAUUACUCUUGUAUAGUUACAUAAACCUAUAAAUGCCAAGGAGGUUACAACCUGAUGCCUUGUUUCUAAGGGUAUCUUGAGAAUUCAGUGACAGAUUUACAGAGCGUCACUGGAGAUGAUGGAACAAUUCAUGGUUUGUUUUGAGAUUGUGCUAAUAUAAAGCACGGUGUAAUUGUAUAUGAGGGGUAGCAACGCUCGUGACAUAAGCAAGAGCAGCUCAGGAUUUUCAUGCCAUAUUAUACCUGAAAUGUUUUCUGUAUAGUAUUCACAUAUUCAGCUUAGGUUUGCCAGUGUAGCAGUAUUUAUUUGUGAUGAUGAGUGGUGUUUUGUACCGAAUUUGGUGCAUGUGUUAACCCUUUCUGUGCCAAAUAACCUAGAAGCACUUUCUACCAGCAUUAGGCAGAAAUCAUUUGUAUUGAGGGGAUUAUACUCAUUCUAAUUAUUCAGAAGUGUGGGUUGUAGAUUAGCUUUUUUGGUAUCAUUAAGCCAUACUCUAGGUAAGCACAGUACCACAUUAUGGUACUUGGUGUGAAUCCAUACCUCAUGCUAAAACUACUAUGAUUUGCUGGUGUCUGUGGCGAGCUGUUUCACAGGGAUAUAGCAUGGCACCCCAACCCCCUUAGCUAGCACUUGGAGCUAUACAGUAGACUGUAUUGGCACUUUGCUUUGGCAUGUACUAUUAAUGUAUUUCCUGCUGGUACAUGUCAGUCUAUACCUGGUAGUAUAGCCUAGUAUAAACAUUUGCUUCUUUAUGACGCAGUAUAGCAGUUUCAGGCACUUGGUAUGGAAACAUACCCGCAGUGGUUAUUUGGUAUGUGGCCCUACCAAUGGGAAGCUGCCUGUUUGCUGAGAGAUGACAUAGGAUCACUUCCUUAUUUGUCAUUUGCUGUGGAAUUGUUCCCUUGCCUUUAAGAUCUUAUGGAAUUGUCCCUGUUGCUGUCAGUAGCAUUGGUUCCUUGACUUCCUGUUUUGUCUUCUGUUACUAUAGCCUUUGCUCAGAUGGUUUUGGAUUGUGUCGGUUCCCAUAACUGGCACAUUGAAGGACCAGUCCGCUUGCUUGCACUGUACUGAGAUAAUGAAUAGGUACUUUCAGGAAUCUGGCGCUGUACUGAUCACUGCUCAGGAUAAAGGGCAUCACGUUGUUCUGCUCAGAAACUUCUUUCCUUGCAUGGGGAUGAGAUAGAAUUUGAUCAUAAGAACCGGCUAUUGUUCCUGCUGCCGCAUUUUCUCAUGUCAUUAGUUUGGGGUGAAUUUUGCUAGUUACGGUGCUAUGCUUACGGUUAUAUGCAUUUAUGUGACACUGCACAGAGCAAUUAUUUUGACCAUCUUAAGAAAAUGUUUGGUUUGGGGUCCGCACAUAUAGUUUAUACAGUGGAUGAGCAAAGCUUUGUAUAAUACACAGAUUUAUUUUUUUGUUUACCCCCUUACUAAAUGUGUGGUCCCUGCAUGGCUGUCAGAACCGUGACUUCUACUUAUCCCUGGAAAACACUGUAUGAGUUUUGUAAUACUUGGCUACAAAUGGAAAUAAAGUUUUGUUACAAAAAAAA